UCCAGCCAUAAAGAAAGCAAAAGCUAGAACAAAAUAAGACAUGCCCAAUUAAAGAGCUGUCCUCUCCAGUACUUGCACAAUACAACAAAAUAACCCCAAAUUAGAGAAACCCCAAGUACAAUAACUAACCCUAACCAGACCAGCUUGCCACCGUGGCUGCCGUUGCCGCCUCCAUCAGGAAACCAAAGGACAGAGGAGCUGUGAAGAGGGAUCUGUAGAGAAUGGAGUUGGGAAGCAAGCCACCAAUAUUCAUCAUACUCAAGUGAUCCAUAAAUUGGUCAAUAGAGACCAUUGAGCCUCCUCUUCACUUCGACAAAUUGGACCAAAUUAUCAGAAAGUAUUGUAGGAUUUAAUUAUGUUCAAGUUAAUAAUUAAUUAAUAGGUUAUCUCUGCGAGUCUGAGACAUGAGAGAGAGAGAGAGAGAGAGAGAGAGAGAGAGAGAGAGAGAUGGGUGAGGGUGUUUGGAUGUUGAAAUUUUUGAAUUACAUUUAUCUUAUUUUCUGGAAUAUUUGGUAUGGUGUCAUUUUAUUUCAAUUAACAAGAGAGAGACACUACUAGAAAAAGGCUCAACAGGGACCUUUUAUUCCAUUGAGGGCUUUUGGGCGAUUCAGACGGCAACCAAACAAGAAGGAGGAGCAGGAAGAAGGAAGAGAGAGAACCCACCAGCAAUCGCCGUCGCACCCAGCGCCGUCUCAGAUUCAUUUGGUUGGGUGGGUUUCUUACGCAGCUUAAGAUAAGUUUGAGUUUAUGGUUUUAGAAGCAAGGUGUUCACCAGUUCUGCUUCACUAGUAAGUCUCCUUACCAUGAAACCAUUGACUUUGAUGUACAUGCUGCUCACUUUACAUAUUAUGACAAGCAUGCUAAAAAUGGUGUGCAUUACUUGUUAUUCCAUUUGCCCCCGCAGUUUGUUUCAAAAUUAAUCUUCUUUUUUAAGCGGAAGAGUGAUUUAUGCAGAGCAUUUUGCACCCUUGCUAGAGCAGAUAGCAAAAUUGGAGGAAGCCCUUUUCAACAUCCAAUUUGAACAACAUUGGUUAAGAGGUUGGGACUGACCACCAGGCAACAGUUUGCAGGUCCAAGAGAAAGAAGGCAUAAAAUCAGCUUCGAACAACCAAAACCACUCCUAAACCCUCUCAGUUUCAGACUUCAGAGCUGAGAGAGAAAUGUUUCGGAGCCGAGUCGUACCGUUGUUUGUGAAGAAGAACAGCAAAGAUCUGUACAAUCUCUGGGGAAAGACGCCGUCUAGGGUUCUGAACGAGGAAUCUUUUCGAUUAUUCUCUACUGGAGCCACACGAAAAUGCUUGGAUGGCUUUCGAUCUUUGUCUAAGGGAAAUUAUGUACCAUCUAUAAGGAAUAUGUCCACUGUUGCUUCUGUAGGCAUCGAAAAUAAGGAGGGAUUGAAGCUUCUUGUAAAUGGAGGACCUCGUGCUCAGAAAAUGGUUGGCAUUUGGCUUUUUGGCUCUGCUGCAUGGGUGUUUAGUAUGGUGAUACUUGGCGGUAUUACACGACUAACGCGAUCUGGUCUUUCGAUGACUGAUUGGAAAUUUACUGGGGGGCUUCCUCCUCUCUCAGAUGAGGAUUGGUUGCUUGAGUUUGGGAAGUACAAGCAGUCCCCUGAGUUUAAGCGUGUAAAUCGAGGGAUGAGUAUUGAAGAUUUCAAAUUCAUCUAUUGGAUGGAAUAUGCACAUCGAAUGUGGGGAAGGGCACUGGGAAUUAUGUUUGCAUUACCCUUCUCAUAUUUUCUCCGUAAGGGUUAUAUUACUGUACAACUUGGACUGAGACUGUCUGCUCUUUUUGGUCUUGGUGCUGGGCAGGGUUUAAUUGGUUGGUGGAUGGUUAAAAGUGGUUUAGAGGAGCCAGCAUCUGAAUAUGCCCAGCCAAGAGUAAGCCCUUACCGUCUUGCAGCUCAUCUUACUUCAGCCUUUGCUAUAUAUUGUGGCCUUUUAUGGACCGGUCUUUCUGUUGUCAUGCCUGAACCACCUUCUGAAUCACUAGCUUGGGUUCGUGGGGCAGCAAAGGUGAAGCAACUUGCUCUUCCUGUAAGCUUACUUGUCGGAGUAACUGCUGUCUCAGGAGCAUUUGUUGCCGGGAAUGAUGCUGGGCAUGCUUAUAAUACUUUUCCAAAGAUGGGGGAUACAUGGAUCCCAGAGGAUGUUUUUGACAUGAAGCCACUAAUCCGGAACUUCUUUGAGAAUACAUCUACUGUGCAGCUUGAUCAUCGUAUCCUUGCAACUGCAACUUUAUUUUCAAUUGGUGCUUUGUGGUGGUCAACAAGGAAGUUUGACAUACAUCCUGCAGUUCGGUCUUUGAUUGGUAGUGCUGUAGGCAUGGCUGGCCUUCAGGUCACACUGGGAAUAUCUACACUGUUGUCAUAUGUGCCUGUAGAACUUGGUACAGCACACCAAGCUGGGGCUUUGACUCUCCUGACACUGAUGAUCCUUCUCAAUCACACUUUGCGUAGGCCAUCGCCGUAUCUUCUUAAAUCACUACCUCAAGUUGCAAAGACAAUCUAGAUGACUUUGUAGUACAAUUUUAGAACAACUAUUUGACAUUUUAAUUGGAUGAAAGAAAAAGAUUUAUUUGAUUCUUGUGCUC